AUGCGUCUUCCGCUGAACAUCGAACAACACCUCACACUCUUCAGUGUUUACUCCCCUACGCCUCAGGCAGAACCUGCAGAAAAGGAACGAUUCUACUCCGACCUUCGGAGGCUACUGCAAAGCACCCCCGCGGUCGACAAUGUACCGAUCCUUGGUGACUUGAAUUGGUCGAGACACUGAAGCCUGGUGGUCGAGACACUAAAGCCUGGAAAGGAGUCCUUGGGAGACAUGGCGUUAGAAACUGCAACAACAAGGGGCGCUUACUGCUAGAGUUCUGCUCGGAGCAACAACUCACCAUUACAAACACAAUCUUCCAGCAAAGACACAAUUUGAAAACAACCUGGAUGCAUCGUCGGUCGUAACAUUGGCAUCUCCUCGACUUUGUUUUAGUGCGCCGAUGUGACCUGAAAGAUGUCUUGCACACCAGAGUUAUGCCCAGCGCACGGUGCCAUACAGAUCAACGCCUUGUCCGCUGCAAACUCAACCUUCAGCUCAAAUAAAACCAAGAAAGAGUGUUCCCAGAGGAAAAAAACUCAUUGUCAGCGACCUCCGCUCAGCUGAAGUGAAAGCUAAAUUUCAGGCAGGUCUCCACAGUUUGCUU